CUAAUACGAAUUCAUAAUAUUUGGUUCCUAUUUCCGAAUAUUUUUAAAUACAAGUAAUUCGUAGACCUUUGUCAAAUAAUAUUUCUUACUGUUAUAAAACUCUGGAGUUUCAGUUUUCAAAAGAAAAUUAUAUAUUUCAUUUUAAGUAAAAAUGGUAUUUAAAUGUCAGGAGGACAGUUUUCUCAGAGAGUACACUUCUAAAGUCUUGAAGUGUGAGAAAACAAAUGAAUCGAUUGUUGAAUAUGGAAAAGUUUCAAAAUUUGAUGGAUAUCAAAUUACGUUGGAGAAUACAAUACUAUUUCCAGCAGGAGGGGGCCAGCCUCAUGAUAAAGGCUGGUUGAAUGACACAGAAGUGCUACAAGUAUUACGUAAAGGUGACGAAGCCCUCCACUUCACACUUGAACCUAUAACAGAAGGAUCGGAGGUAGUACAGAAGAUUGAUUGGCAAAGAAGGUUUGAUCAUAUGCAGCAACAUACAGGACAGCAUCUCUUAUCAGCAAUUCUUGAGAAAGAACACAAUCUACCAACAACGAGCUGGUGGUUGGGAGCCGAGGAAUGUUUUGUGGAACUCGAUUCAACAACUAUCAAAUAUGAAAACAUAAAAACUGCUGAAGAAAGAUGUAACAAACUAAUCAGUGAUGGGAUUUCUGUUAAUGUAAAAUUUUUCAAAGCAAAUGAUCCAGCUUUAAAUGAGGCACAUACACGAGGUCUACCUAAAGAUUGCAUUGAUACCAUCAGAGUCAUAUGUAUUGGAGAUGUUGAUGAGAACAUGUGCUGUGGAACUCAUGUUACUAAUUUAAGCCAGCUACAAAUGAUAAAACUCUUAGGCACGGAACCGGGAAAGAAAGGAAAGACAAAUCUAAGGUUUAUUGUAGGGAAUAGAGUUGUUAAGACAUUCCAGAAGAUGUUAGAUAGAGAGAAAGCUCUGACAGGUCUAUUAAAAAAUGAACCCAGCAAACACGAAGAGCUCGUAUCAAAAAUGCAGAAAAACAUGAAAUUAAGUAAUAAGAAUCUACAAAAUGUGUUGGCGGAGUUGGCACAGUGUCAAAUAGAUAACAUAAAAAAUAGCAACCCCAAGCCUAAGUAUUUCUGUUUGUUCAAGAGAGAGAGUACGCCGGAGUUUAAUAGAAUUAUAUGUAAGGGGCUUGAAUCGGAUGAUAUAUUUAUAUUACUAGCAUCUGAAGACCCCGAUAAGACGAAGGAGGGCCAAAUUAUUUUACAAGGUCCAGAAGUUCAUUGCAAUGCUUUGGGACAACAAAUAAUGGAUACAUUGAAAGGCAAGGGUGCUUUCAAGAAUGGAAAGUUUCAAGGGAAGGCCGGUGAUGUCGGUAACUUCAAUAAAUGCACCAAGAUAAUUGAGGAAUACUUUAAUAAUGUAUGAUUAAAUGAUAAAACACA